AUGCUCAAGACUGAUUGGAACUACCCAGCUGAUAUAUGGAACGUCGGUGCUAUGGUGUGGGAUUUGUUUGAGGGGAACACCUUUUCCGCGGAAAUGACCCUGACGGCAAAGGGUAUUCAACCCGGGCGCAUCUUGCAGAAGUCAUGGGAGUUCUCGGGCCACCGCCUCUGGAUAUGCUCCAGCGUGGAAAACGAAGCCAUGAAUUCUUUACUAAUGAUGGAAAAUGGAGGCAAGACUUGGAAAUUCCAAGAGGAAUGA